AUGGUCGACUCCAACAGACCACGGUCCUCACCUGACUUGGUUGGCGACACCCUCGUCAAUCGCGCAAGACGGCAAUGGUCGGAAGGCAUCCCAGACGGCGUUCCACUCCCGCCACUCCUCACCUGUGAAGAGACGUUCCGGCUUGCAAAGCGCCGACCGGUUAUAUAUGCCUGGGCGGCCGACAACACUACGUUUGCCAACCCCUUCAAGCAUUCUGUGGGCGGGACGACCGACUUUCAAGUGGGCUUCGUUGUCGGCGCCCAGGAAGGUCACCGGCAGGGCCUACAGCGGACCCGGACGGACGACUUGGAGGCUGGCUUCUCCAGCGGCUUCUCCAGCGGCUUUGACCAUGGCUUCUGGGCCGGCCAGAACCCAGAGAAAAUCGAAGAGGCCAUCGCUGCCUAUAAGGCGGCUGACCUCACUGACUCUGGUCCCGCCAACGUUGCUCUCGAGGGCAUCGCCACUGCCGUCGCCGCCCUCGCUCCUCCCGACGACACUUGGAUUCCAAAGUCCCCGUUCGACGCGACCAUCCCCUCCAACUCGCCAGCACGCAACCCACAGUUCCAGAACUUUGCUAGCGCGGCCACCACGCAAGCUGCGGGAAUGGCAGACAUGCGCGGGCUUUUGCAUCAGCGCCCGCUCGACACCGCCAAGACCCCCAGUAUUCCGUCAUCCCUCGUCGACCCCAACACAGCCGACGUUGCAGACAAUGUCACUCGAGACCCACACUUUCAACACUUUGCCAAUGCCGCAACUUCGUUUGCAGCACAGCUCGAGCACGCCCAGCCUGAGGAACAGGUGCGCCAUGCCGGCCGCGACGUGCCCGAAAAGUGCUGGUCGUGGUCGACCCAGCAAGCCGGCAAGCCGUCUACUGUGCACAUGUUCUGUGCGCGCAAGGACCUCCCUCCACAGCGUGCCGACGAGCUCGCCAAUCUCCGCCCUGUCAAUGCGCCGGUUCUACCCAAAAACGCCCCGCCUGGGUUCUUUGAGCGACUGCGUAACCGCGUCGCGCCCUGGACCCUCAUCUACGUGCGCGGCACCAGCGAGGGUGUUGCCGGCCGCUACUCCGAGGAACUCGAGGGCGACGAUGGGCAGUACGACUUUGGCCCGCUCAGUCGCCACGCGCCCCAGAAACUUCGCCGCGAGGCUGGGCCCGGAGCCCAGUUCCUCAACUGGGAGGAGGACGGAUGUCUGAUCUACCUCCCCAUCUACUCGGUCAUCUUCCCCUUGCUCAACCUGGACAUUUACUCCGAGCGCGUGUUUGGUCCCAGCUCGCGCAUGUUCCAGCGCUACAUCCAGACAUUCGAGGACGGCACGCAGACACGCAUGCUGCACAAGGUUGUCGACAAUGUGCGUGACGGCGGUGCGCUCCAGCUCUGGAACCAGAUUGGCGAUUUCCACGCUCGCAAGCUCGCCAAGGCCCGCGAGGCGCUUGCUGCGCGUAAGCUCGAGGAGGAGGCUCUCGCACGCGCCGCCGCAGGCAACGUCUCGGAUGCUCCCGAAGUGGGUUCCAUCGACGGCAACAAGGCCAAGGCGGGAGUCGACGACACCCCGCGCCGCGGUGUCAAGGAGAGCGAGGGCAAGGAGCAACAGUAG